AUGGCCACCACCCAACCCGUACAAUUUCGAUGGGGUAUCAUAUCCACAGGCAAAAUUGCAGAAUGUUUCGUUAAGGAUCUUCUGGUUGAUCCAAAGACACGAGGCGUAGAGGAUGUAGUGCACAAAGUCGCCGCUGUGGGCUCACGAACUGUCGACAAAGCGAAAGAAUUCAUCGCUACGGUCGCCGGUGGUGAUGAAACUAUCAAAGCAUACGGCUCUUAUGCAGAAGUUUACGCUGAUAAGGACGUAGAUGCCGUUUAUAUCGGUACACCGCACACGUACCACUACGAGAAUGCCUUGGACGCCAUCAAAGCAAAGAAGAACGUACUUUGCGAAAAGCCCGUGUCCUGCAACUCUGCGGAGCUACGUUCACUGAUAGCUGCUGCCAAGGAGAAUAACGUCUUCUUCAUGGAGGCUUUAUGGACGAGAUUCCAUCCGCUGGCUUUAGAAGUCAAGAAGGUAAUAGACGAGGGUACUCUUGGGAAACCCAUUGUGGUCCACGCCGAUCUAUCUGGAAACUUCGACAUUGAUAAUAUCCCAACAACUCACAGGAUAUUAGACCCUAGCCUGGGUGGUGGAGCUUUGCUGGACCUCGGACCCUAUCCUUUGGUCUGGGCCAUCAUCGCUCUUUAUGAACACUCGGCGAACAAUCAUGUCAAGCCCGCUGUAUCCGGCGCAAUGCUCAAGACUCCGAUCACUGGUGUCGACGCCAGCACCGCAUUCGUCCUCACUUUCUCCCCACCUUCAGACGGGACAUCCUCUCUCUACGCCCAAGCGAUCCUAAGCUGCAGCAUCACCCUCAACGCUCCAGACCCGGGCGUCACAAUUCGCUUCGAGAAGGGUACCAUCAAGAUCGCGCCUCCCAUUUACUGCCCAAAGCAGUUCGCCGUUCAGUACUUCGGGGGGAACGGCAAGCUCGUGAGGGAGGAAACCAAGGUAUUCGAGUAUGUAGGCGUCGGAUGGCAUUUUGAAGCAGACGAGGUUGCGAGGUGCAUUCGGGCAGGGAAACUGGAGAGCGAUCUUUGGGGACAUGAAAAGAGCCUCCUGGAGAUGAGCAUCUUUGACGAGCUGAGGAAGCAAGGAGCAUACGAAUUCCCCCCUGGGGUCGAGAAGGUGUCAGACUAA